UUCUUUUUAGCUCAAAUUAGGCCUUGCGGAAAUUAGGAAUCGAAUUUCACUCGCAUAAUUUAAUUUGUCGAAACAGUCACUUUCUAGACCGUCCAAAGUCGCACCAGGAAAGUUGCAUCAAGGCCAUUUUCUGAUCUCACCGCGAAAGGUGGGGAUGCCAAUAUUGUCCGCUCACCUAUACUAUACCUGAAAGAGGGUCUGUAAUGUCAGUAGUAUACCGGCUCUUGGAUUGUAACGGCACACGAAAUACCGGAGAGCUUUAAUGAGAAUUCUGCUGUAGCGGAUAUUGAUCUAUGGAUUCUAACACGUAUUUAUCUACGAAUUUGCACAGUAAAUUGAAAGGAAAACUAUAUUUGUGUCAUGGUCGUUGAAUUAGUCGCGACAAAAAAUAAGCGAGAUGUCGAAAGAAAGAGAAAAACAAAUAACAUGAUAUUGAAUAGCAUUCCUUGCAUGACGUUGCUUUGCGGGAUCGCGGCUACUGUGUCGGGUGGCGCAAUAUUGCUCCUGGUGGGCCUCCGUCUGUACGUUUACUGUACUUUGGGCAUUUGCAAGAGCAAAAACCGAAUGGAUGAUAAAACGAUAAUAAUCACCGGAUGCACUUCCGGCAUUGGUAAGGAGACAACGAGGGAUCUCGCCAAGAGAGGCGCGAGAAUCAUUAUGGCAUGCAGAAACACGGACACUGCUAAUCGGCUGAAAGACGAGAUUGUGAAAGAGUCAAACAACAGCAAUAUCGUAGUCCACAAAUUGGAUUUGUCAUCGUUGCAAUCGAUCAGAAAGUUUGCACAGCAAAUAAAUCAAGAAGAAAGCAGAUUGGACGUGUUGAUCCAUAAUGCCGGGACAGCGGAGACUUUUAGGAAAAAAGUCACGGAAGACGGAUUAGAACAGACUAUGGCUACCAAUUACUUUGGACCAUUUUUGCUGACGCAUCUUCUAAUCGAUUUAUUGAAACGAUCGAAACCAAGUCGUAUCGUAGUGGUUGCGUCAGAGCUUUAUCGCAUAGCGCGUUUAAAUCUUAAUAAUAUCAAUCCAACAUCGACCUUGCCGGCGUACUUGUAUUACGUGUCGAAGUAUGCGGAUAUAGUCUUCACAUUGGAGUUGGCGCGACGUUUGGAGGGCUCGGGAGUGACGGCGAAUUGCCUGCAUCCCGGGAUGAUCGACAGCGGAAUCUGGCGAAACGUACCUGCUCCGUUAUCCUGGGGUUUGAAUCUUAUAAUUAAGACUUUCUUCAAAACGCCUGAGCAAGGCGCGCAGACGACUAUCCAUCUCGCGGUUUCUGACGAAGUUAACGGAGUUUCGGGAAAAUACUUUAUGGAUUGUGCAGAACAUAGAUUGUCGAACGCUGCGAAGGAUCCUGCUAAAGGCAAGAAAUUGUGGGAAUUAAGUGAGCCUCUGGUGAAGUUGCAACCGUCAGAUCCGAAGAUUUGAAUGCGUCUGUUUUGUUUGUAAAUUUUUAUAAUUUUAUAUAAUUUUUAUUAUUUAUAUAAGUACGACGGUCUUUUUUGUAUUAAAAAUUUUAAUAAUA